AUUGCCGCUGACCAAUCAGGCACAACCAGGAAGCUGGAUAACAACGGGAGUUCCUAAAUGCUGAGGGGAAGGAUAUUUGCGAUAAAAGUAUUAACCAAACCCCCUGAAGUCUCUCUGCGCUUCUGUCUAAAAUGGAUAUGUAUUUACUUUUUGAAUUGCUCUCUGGCAGUUGAUGCCAGUGUUUCUAAUAGCUUUUAUGAGUCUUGAAUCUGCUCAACUCCGUUAUCGGCAUUCGGGUAAAGUUCAUCUUCUUUGCUAUGGAGGUUCAUGAGGUGGAGAGAUGUUGCUGUGUAGUUCAAGUGUCAGAGGCUUUUUCAUCAAGGAAAUCCGUAAGUUGCAGUGGAGUUGUUGUCCAUCCUCAAACCGGAACCGUGAUAUGUACCAGCCUGCCGUUUUCACGUUUUAUUACCGACCCCCUGUCUUCGGACCAAAGCUUCCUGUCACGGCACAGUUUCAGCGACAAGCUCAAAAUCCGAGUCAGCUUUUCUAAUCAUCGUGAUUUACACAUCAACCAGUGCUCCCAAGAAGAAACAUUUACACCCUCCACAAGCAAAACAACGCGGCAACGGGAAGUUGCAGCUGAGCUGCUGAUGCUAGUGAACUGUCUGGAGUUUCAACAGGCUUUCCGAGCAGUUUUCCAGGAGACUGACCAGUGGCGUUUCCAUGGUGACGAGGAGGAUGAGGAGCUGAUCAGAGAUGCUCAGUUCCUCAGCUGGUUUGCUGUACUUAAGACAGAUGGAGUGGUUGAUGACAGCCCAGAUUUAAGGAGCAUGCCCUGGCAGAGCAGCUCAUCCCUUCAGAAGGGCUGCCCGGUUGUUGCAUGUGGCACACCUUUCGGCUCCCUCUGCCAGGAUCUCUUCAUCAGCUCCCUCAGCAGAGGCAUUGUCAGUAACCUCGCUGGACAGGACAACGCCGUCAUCCUGACGGAUGCACGCUGCUUGCCAGGCACAGAAGGUGGAGGCCUGUUUGCAGUGGAAGCCUUGGACAGCGUCCGUCUGGCCGGGGUGAUCGUCUCUCCAUUCGGAUGGAAAGCAAAUGAGUGGAUAGGACUCACUUUAGUUUGCUCCGUCCACUUGAUUUUCAGAAGCGUAAUUGCCUCCGCAAGUGCUCAGCAUCGACUCAGAGAUGAUUGGCUUCACGCAGGAGAGGUCUGUCUCCACAAGUCCUCCACAACCCUCGAGUCAAAAGCUGUUAAAUACCCCACUGCGUGCUUUGUGGACAGUGGACAGUUCUGGGGCUCUGGGGUUCUUGUGACUUCCCAUUUGGUUGUGACCUGCAGACAUGUUGUCAAUGGGAAGUCUACAGUCAACCUGAAGUUUCAUCACAACGACAGAAUACAUGAUACUGUGGGUGACGUGCUGUUUUCCACUAAAGCGUCCUCACCUUAUGAUCUUGCUAUAGUGCAGCUGAGAAGCUGUGGGCCAGAAGCAGUGGUUCCUCAAAUGGCUCAAAAUUUUUAUGCAGGUGAAUCUGUAGAUGUGGUGGCAUACGGGGCUUUGGGUCGGCGCUGCGGCCCCUCUCUGACCCGCGGUGUCCUCUCCAAGACGAUUAGCCUCAAUCACCAGCCUGUUAUGCUUCAGACCACUUGUGCAGUGCAAGCAGGAGCCAGUGGUGGUGCUAUGGUGCGGACACGCACUGGGGAGCUGCUCGGUAUCGUGUCCAGCAACGCACGGGACCUGGCUGCAAAAGUGACCUACCCACACCUCAACUUUAGCAUCCCAGUGACUGUUUUCCACAGACUACUGCAGCGGUUUCAAAGGACAAAAGAUGUUAAAGUGUUCAGGGAGCUGGACACCACAGAAAAAGCAGUCAGGAGGGUGUGGAGGCUGCAGGGCACCCAGAGCAGACUGUAAGGCUUGGUUAAUUAAUUCACCACGGCCUGUUUGGAUCUUUUAAUUAGGUAGGCCAAAUUAUAUUGGGUUUAUUCGGAGAAAAAUAAAACUGAUGUAUUUUUAGAUGAUUAACCAGAAUCAUGCAGUAAAGAAUGUGAAGAAUGCCCAUGUUCAUUUAUGCAACGCCCAUCAAUAUUUUGUACAAUAAUGUAAUUAAAUAAAUUAAUUAAAAGUUUAUUUAUUUUGUUGA